AUGGCCUACGUGGUGCCCAUUCACCGCGCAAGUGGCAUUCGCCAUGCGGUGAAGCUAAACUUCAUUACCCCAGAGGAGGACUGCUUAGUUGCUGCCAAAUCGAAUCGACUCGAGUUCUACACCCUCACACCGGAUGGCCUGACCCUCGCAGCCACACGCACGCUUUAUGCGCAGGUGACGAUGCUCGCCCGCCUGCCAGCGCCAGCGCACUCAGACACCGAUCACCUUUUCGUCGGCACAGACCAAUAUAAUUACUUCACGCUGGCCUGGGAUUCCAAGACAAAUGAAAUUGUUACCGCCCGCAGCUAUGUCGAUAUUUCCGAGCCCUCUUCUCGCGAAUCUGAAUCGACCCCGCGUUGUCUUCUUGAUCCUACUGGGCGCUUCAUGACGCUGGAAGUGUACGAGGGUGUGGUGGUCGUUAUUCCCAUUGUGGAGUUGACAAAGCGCAAAGGUCGUGUUUCGCAGGCGGCGUCACAGGCUGAUGCGCCGCGGGUGGGCGAGCUUGGCGAGCCGACUGCGUCGCGAAUUGACGAAUUAUUCGUGCGGUCGUCUGCGUUCUUGCACUCUGUCUCAAAUCAGCCGUGGCUAGCUAUUCUGUACGAAGAUAAUCAGAAGAAGGUUCGCCUGCGGAUUCGGGAGCUGGAUUACAGUCGGGCGACGUCAAGCGGGCCUGCAGAUGCAACUUUCAAAGAGGUCCAGGACAAGAAAUUGGAAGGUGGAGUCUUUGGGCAUGAGCUUGAUCUUGGAUCUUCACAUUUGAUUCCCAUCCCAGCUCCGUUAGGAGGAUUGAUUGUCCUGGGAGAAACUUCAAUCAAGUAUAUUGAUGAUAAUGCGAAUGAUGUAAUCUCUCGUGACCUUGACGAGGCUACUGUCUUUGUAGCUUGGGAAAAGGUGGAUAGCCAACGGUGGCUUUUGGCCGAUGACUACGGCAGGCUCUUUUUCUUGAUGCUCAUCCUGGAUAAUCGCGGUGAAGUGGAAGACUGGAAGCUAGACUACCUCGGAACUACGUCCCGGGCAACUGUGCUCGUCUAUCUAGGUGGCGGAAUCCUGUUUGUUGGAUCACACCAGGGCGAUUCUCAGGUUCUUCGGAUCGGCAGUGGGGGAUUUGAAGCCAUUCAGACGCUUUCCAACAUUGCCCCCAUCCUAGAUUUCACGGUUAUGGACCUUGGAAACCGCACUAAUGAGAGCCAAACCCACGAAUUCUCAUCUGGACAAGCUCGCAUUGUGACAGGCUCCGGUGCUUUCGAUGACGGAACUCUGCGGAGUGUGCGAAGCGGCGUGGGUAUGGAAGAGUUGGGUGUUUUAGGAGAAAUGGACCAUAUUACAGACCUUUGGGGACUGCAGACCGAAAGUCGAGGAGAUGUCUUGGACACGCUGUUAGUCACCUUUGUUGACGAGACACGCGUUUUCCGUUUCAGUUCUGAUGGGGAGAUCGAAGAGUUGGAAACCUUCUUGGGACUUGCCCUUGAGGAGAACACUCUUCUGGCAGCCAAUUUACCAGGGGGCCGGAUCUUACAGGUAACAGAGAAGCGAGCCCUGGUGGCUGACAUAGAGAGUGGCAUGAUUACUUUUGAAUGGACACCGCCAACACAGAAAGCUAUCACUGCUGCCUCGGCAAGCAACGACCAUCUAGUGCUUGUCAUUGGAGGUCAAGUCCUAGCUUCUUUUGACAUUCGGAGCAAUGCUCAACUCAUCAAAGAAAAGGACUUUGGUGUGGACCAACAAAUCUCGGGCGUGACAGUUCCCUCUAGCCCUGCGGGUGUUUGCAUCGUCGCAUUCCCUCAGACGGCCCAGGUCUCUGUCUGGGACAUCAAAAACUUAUCUGAGCUCCACACCAAAUCGCUAGGAGAACCAGGCGAGGCAUUUCCACGAUCAGUCCUUGUGGCCAAUGUGCUCGCUGAUAGCCCGCCUACGCUCUUCGUCUCUAUGGCUGACGGCAGUGUUAUCACAUUCUCUAUGAACAUUAAAGAUUAUUCCUUGGCCGGAAUGAACAGACUGAUCCUCGGGUCCGAACAGCCAACAUUCAAGAAACUCCCCCGAGGAGAUGGGUUGUUCAACGUGUUCGCGACUUGCGAGAACCCUAGUCUCAUCUAUGGCUCAGAGGGACGGAUUAUUUACUCCGCAGUCAACUCUGAGGGUGCAUCUCGCAUAUGUCAUCUCAAUGCGGAGGCAUAUCCCGAUUCUAUUGCCGUGGCUACUGCACACGAACUCAAAAUUGCCUUGGUUGACAAAGAGCGGACGACCCAAAUCCAAACUCUACCAGUGGGGUCAACUGUUCGCCGAGUCGCUUAUUCCCCAUCCGAAAAGGCGUUCGGACUUGGCACAAUUGAUCGGAAGCUAGUGGAUGGAGUUGAAACCGUCAAGAGUCACUUUGUGCUAGCCGACGAGAUCCUGUUCCGGCGCCUGGAUACGUUGGAGUUGCAACCCGAGGAACUGGUAGAGAGUGUUAUUCGCGCCGAGUUUCCAUGUGGGAAAAACGAAAAUGGAAACGGGUCAACUAAAGAUAGGUUUAUCAUUGGUACCUCAUAUCUGAACGAGACAUCGGAGGGUUCAAUCCGCGGGCGGAUUUUAAUUCUCGAAGUUGAUCAUGGUCGCAAAUUGACUCAGAUAGCCGAGAUGCCUGUGAAGGGUGGAUGCCGAGCAUUGGCUAUGCUGGGUGACAAGAUUGUCGCAGCACUUGUGAAAACUGUUGUUGUUUUCAAAGCAAUCCAUAAUGAUUUUGGGCCGAUGAAACUCGAAAAGCUAGCCAGCUACCGAACAUCAACGGCCCCAAUUGAUCUAACCAUCGUCAAAGACUUGAUCAUUGUUGCCGACCUCAUGAAGAGUGUCUGCAUCGUCAAAUAUGUCCCGGGCAAAGAUGGUGUCGAAAACAAGUUGAUGGAAGUCGCUCGUCAUUAUCAAACCGUAUGGAGCACGGCCGUUGCCUCCGUUGACGACGACACGCUCCUUGUCAGCGAAACCCAAGGCAAUCUGAUUGUCUUGUCCCGUAACACAAACGGCGUAACCGACCAAGAUAAACAUCGUUUGAUUGCGACCAGCGAGAUCGCUCUCGGCGAAAUGGUCAAUCGCAUCCGCCCAAUUAACAUCCAACAGCUCGGCACGGUGGUGGUAACUCCACGAGCUUUCCUGGCUACUGUCGAGGGCUCAAUCUACCUCUUCGCACUUAUCAACCCCGAGCACCAAGACUUCUUAAUGACUCUCCAAAGUGCCAUCGCCAGUAGGGUGGAUUCCCUGGGUGACUUACCAUUUGAUAAAUUCCGUGCAUUCCGCACACUGACUCGCUCCGCCGAAGCCCCCUACCGCUUCGUUGACGGCGAGCUCAUUGAAAGGUUCCUCACCUGUGAUCCAGAGCUGCAAGAACAUAUCGUGGCGGACAUUCCAGGCUCGAUGAAUGUGGAAGAGUUGAAAGGAAUGAUUGAAGCGCUGCGCAGAUUGCAUUAA